UGUUCUGUUGCAGCGGAAGUUUGUCAACAAGUAAUCUAAAUUUGGUCUCCUGAUCGACACACAAAAAUAAACAUCAUGAUCAUGAGCUGCAGUGUUGAUUUUGUAUAUCUAACACGAUAACUACAAAUCGAAUAAUUAUGUUUAGAUCUAGAUCUAAUAUCAAAAUGACAAGUAGAGUCUAAUUAAGUUUGAAUGCGUUGGACUGGAGCUACAGAGUAACAUUAAAAAAUGAGCAUGCUUACAGUAGAAGAGUGUGAACUUCUAACAGACUCAAAAUACAGGUCCUACAUCACACAAGUGGAAAAAGCCCUUCGUAGUUUUGAAUACACAAGUGAAUGGGCAGAUCUUAUUUCUGCAUUAGGAAAACUGAAUAAAGUGCUUCUGUCACAUCUCAAGUACCCUGUGAUACCAAAGAAAGUCACCAUUGGAAAACGUCUGGCACAAUGUUUGCACCCAGCCUUACCAAGUGGGGUUCACUUGAAGGCCCUGGAGACCUACGACAUCAUAUUUAAAUGUAUAGGCACUCAGCGUCUGGCCCAUGACCUCUUCAUUUACUGUGCUGGCCUGUUCCCACUCCUGAGCCAUGCUGCAAUGAGUGUCAAGCCAGUACUUCUUACUGUGUAUGAGAAGCACUUUGUGGCCCUGGGAAGGCACAUUAAGCCUGGGCUGAAUGGAUUGCUGCUUGGCCUUCUGCCUGGCCUUGAGGAAGGAGCUGAAUAUUAUGAAAGAACCAACCAGUUGUUAGAAGAUUUCAGUGAUGCAGUUGGUCCACCAUUCUUUUACACUGGGAUCUGGGAGUGUAUGUUGUCUUAUCCUAGUGUCAGGCUGUCUGGGGCAACCUACUUACUCAACCAUCUCAACAAGAGGCAGACUAUGGAAGAUCAGCUGCACAUGAUUGGCCUUGACAUUGACCUCAUGGUUGCAGGUAUAUGUUCUUGUCUUCAAGACUCCAGUGUUCUAGUUCAGAGGAGUAUGCUGGAUUUCCUUUUACUGGCAUUCCCUAUGCACAAUGGUCAGCUGACAAGAGGAGACAUGGCUAAAGUGGUGGAGGCAGGGGUGAAUGUUGUGCUCAGGCGUGACAUGUCAUUGAACAGACGUCUCUAUGCCUGGCUCCUAGGUACUGCCACCACUGCUACAACGGCUACUGUGGUUGACUCACAUAGGCAGCGUACUGACAGCUCUUCAACCAUUAGUGAAAUGGACAAUAGUUACUUUCAGACUUAUUCUAAAGACUUAUUAGUGACAGCUCUGAAAGCAAAACUUUUGGAAGAGACGUCCCCCUCAACCAUAUCAUCAGCAGAUGGUUCUUACAACAUGCUCAAACCAUUCAGAAUCCUCAUCAGCCUCCUGGACAAGCCAGAAAUAGGGCCUGUUAUAAUAGAGAAUGUACUGUUAUCUGUAUUUCGACGACUGAAAAUGGAGGCGACUUUACAUGGAAAUAAUGAGUCUGUCAAACAGAUCACCCUCCCACCUGAUAGCAAACUUCCUCUAGAGACAUUAAAAACAGCCAACCUCUUGUUCGGCUCAUUUGAACCCUACUUUCUCUGGGAUUACAUUGCCCGCAUGUUCAGUUUUGCAUGUGAACAGAAGCAGAAAGAAAAGCUUGACAGUGAAAAGCAAAACGAAAGUUCAGCAGAUGUUGUUUCUAUAGAAGAAAUGUGCAGCUUGGUCGGAUUUCUACUGGAUGUUAUUUCUUUAGAUGUUUAUCCAGAAACCACUACAGAGCAUCUUCCUGACUUGCUGAGGCAAAUCAUUUCAGUGCUGACAGCAUCAUGUGAUCAUCUGACUGAUAUUGAGGUAACCACAACAUUAAAGCUCUGCUCCAAGCUGCUGUCCCAUGUCCAGCCCUCCAUGGCAGGCAAUGGCUUGGAGCGGUCACACUCAAUGGACACAGGGGACAGUGUCAGUGUGUUCAGUAAUUCUGAUGGCCUUUUAGAAGGGCUCAGGGACCAUUCUGGAAAUGUUCAUGUCAAGGUAGAUAAAUAUCCUCAAGAAGACAAUGUAUUCCAUGCAAUGAAAGCUGAUUUCUCUAAUAACAAAGAAGAGGUAUGUUCAGAUGACUCAAAUAAAAACUGUCCACAAGUUAAUGCUAUAAAUUCAGACAAGCAGCUUUGUGAAUCAGGUACCGAAUCAGACAAAAGUAAUUUGAAUGACAUUAGCUCCCCAACAGUGCAUGUAGACUCCCCUGAUAGCUUCAACAAUAGAAAUGACCAACAGACAGAUAGUGAGAAAACUGGUAUCUCAUCUUCACUUAGUGACUCUUCCCUUGGCAGUGUCAAGACAAGCGUGGUUACUCUGACUUCCAACAUUCGUGAUAGUGGUUUUGGAGGCUCUGUUCUCACAGUGACCUCUGAACCUCAAGAGCUGGUAAAACAAGAUGAUCUUUCAGACUCUGCUGAUACAGGAAAACUUUCUGAUAGAUUGUCCAACCUGCACAGUAAACACAGCAAUGCGCCGUGUGUGAUCAAUGCCAACAUCAAUAACAAAGUAUUUUCAGGUCACCUGAACCUAAUGCAACUCUGUGUCCAGAGCUUCCAGCAGUUCUUUCAUCGCUUUUGCCUCUUAAAAAUGUUAAAAUCCGAAGAGUUUUGCCAGUCUGCGAUGAAUAACAUCAUGACUGACCCAACUCCCCAUUGCUGUUUAACAGAUGAGCAUGAUGUGUGUGAUUCAAACAUGAGGGAACACAAACAUAGUAAAUUAGUACUUGAUGGAGAGAUGGAAGAAGUAAAACUGGCUUACAAACAAGCAUGUCGUCUGCUGCUGGACUUUGCCAGUUUCCCUAUCUACUGUACAGACUAUCAAGCAAUUUUAGAUGAAAUGGGCAGCAAAGAAGAGAGUUCUACCCUCCCUCACUGGCUUCAAGACUUCUUGAUGUGUAGCUGCUAUGUGGAUUGUUUUGAAGUUCAAAGUGCAUCCAUCUCGACACUAUUGGAUUUGAUUCACUUGACUCAAUCUGUGCAGACAGAACGUGAAAACAAAACACGCAACAAUGGCAGACAGUCUAUCAGUGAAGGCAAUGUUUCUGUUGUCAUACUGCCAGCUCUCUUGCCCUGUCACCUUAUCUACAUCAACACCAGGACUCAAUUUUACCAGGUCGUAGCAUCUGAGCUGUGGGAGUACCUGUGUGAGAAGCACAACUUCCACCACCAGAGAUCAGUGGAGCUGUUCCACACACUCCACCAGGUGACGCCCAAUGCUAACAUUUGUGAGGAUGUAAUUGGUCAGGCUCUCAUCAGUGACUCAGAGGUGGAACGAAUUUCAGCUUUUAAAAAGUUUAGUGUCCUGUGGCACUUGACACGGUCCAUUAAAACUGAGCCCAACCCUUCCCGCAGCCCACGGACAUUUGACAGAUCUAUGUUUGUUGUGCUAGACAGUUUGAAGGAAGAAUCUAGUAUCACCAAAACACUAGCUACAACAUGGCUAACUCAUGUCAUACAAAGGGGAGACACCAGCCGAGUGCUGCAGCCAUUACUUUUUAUGCUCCUCCAUCCAGAUACUGCUAGAAUCUCCAUUCAGCAUGUCAGUGUCCACAAGGCCAAGAAAGUCUCAGUAUCUGAGAAAGGGGAGGAAGACAUUGAAUCAAAAAUUUAUGCCAUUAGUUCUGAGGGUGGCAAUGUUAUCUACCACCUCAGCCAGAACAAGGCAUCGGGUCUUAGUAAAGGAAAGACACUGAAAUCCUCUGAUGAUCUGAAAUCCUACACCAUGUCUGUGAUGAACAGCAAGGGGAACCACAGUGUUGCCCCUGUCAGGACUCACUCUGUCACUGAUCUUUCCUUCGAGAGGGUAAACCCAGAGAAUGUCAAAAUCAGAAUUAAUCCUUUUGGAUCUGAAAGCUCUCUUGACAAACUCAUAUUUGAUGGCUAUGAAUUUCCUCAGUCUGCAUCCAUGCCUAAUCUGGAAGGGGUCAAAAGGUUGAAUGCUGACACGUGCUUAAAAGAAGGGAUUUUUUUUGAUGGGGCAGAAGUAAAUGAAGACCAUUUCUCUAAAGAAGAGACGCCGGUGGAAGAACCAAGACAAGACGCGCCUGUGUUGGACGACAAAGAAGUUAGCUUAGAUAUCGUUAAGGAGACAAACAAUAAUAUGAAUGAAUUUACUGCUGAGGAAAUUGUAACCUGGAUACUGGAUGGUAUCGUCACAUCUGCUGUGGUCGAGGCUACUGGGGAAGAGUGCACUGCUGAUGCAGAUGCCAAAAGUAGUUCAGGUCUUGGCAUGGAGCAGUCCUACAUUUCUCCAAGUUUAGAUGAUCUCAGAAAAAUCGAUGUGGACUCCACCAGUGGGAGUGAGAAUGAUGAAGCAAAGGGUGUCUCAAGCAGCAACACAGAAGAAAGCAUGAAGAUGAGGCUGAGCCUGAGCAUCAACAACCUGAAGGAUGGUAGUACAGAGAGCCUUGACUCUGACCAGCCUCGCAUGAAGGACCCCAGGGAGCUGGAUCCCAGUACGGACAUUCAUGAGCUUCACAUGCACAUGCUUUUAUACACGCAGCAGUUUGACUACCGCAGAACACUGUAUGCGUUGACUACCCUGCGAACCAUGCUUCACAACUGCCCACGUCUGGUAGUCACUGCUAUGGCCACCACCAGCAUUAGCUCUGUCCGAGCUCCUCAUCUGGCCAAACUGCAGUCUCUUCUGGGUCGUCAUAGGAAAUCUGUAUUUGGUAAAAACUUUUUUGGUGAUCUACCCCAGGAAGUUGUGUCCAGUUACCGUAGCAACAUGCUAGUUGAGAUAGUCAUCUCUUUAUGUCUUUACUUUGUCCGGGGUUAUUAUCCCAACCUGAUGGUCAACAAACUGUCACAUGAGGAGUUACUUGGAAACAAAAUGGUCCACAUACUUGGUGUGGAGAUACUGACGCUGAUGGUCUCUGAACUUCUUUCCAUUAUGAAAGAGAGUGGCAAAAACUUUGUCUCCUACAUCUCUGACCUCCUCUCCCGCUGCAAGCUGCAGAAGUCCCUGCUCCACUGCCUGCUGGCGUCUGUCUACAACCAGGGCCUUGGUCCAACCACGAGUGGUGGCAAGUCAGAGAGCAGGAAGCUGACAGAGCUAAUCAUUGAGUUCAAUGAGAGUGGCCUUGACCCCAGUGUCAAUGAUGCCUUCCAGAUGAAGCUUUUACAGCUGGUACUGGUAACUGUGAUGCUUGAGGAUCAGAUACGAUUAGUUCAGGGUACGGCUGAUAGCCAGGCUGGACCAACUGAGAGAGCUCAUUUAACAUCGUCGCUCCUAAAUGUUCAUUACAAUGCCAGCCUACCCAUCAUUCAACAAGAGAUGUUCCUGAGUGCCGUGUGGAGUGCCUUGAAGCAGCACCACCUGUGUCACCUCCACCGCCACUGGGUGGGACUGGUCACCUCAGCUCUUCCUUAUAUGGGCAGGGCCAUGGCCAGAACAGUCAUGUGUGUUGUCUUACAACUGUGUCGUAAUUUGGAAAUAAUCGCCUUAGACUUGUCCAAGAAGAAGUCAACAAUGCAGCGUGUUCCCCCUGAUCAUGUGGUCAGUAUGUUAGAAGGUUUGACCACAUUGUGCCACUACUGCCUUCUGGACAACACCAGUCCUGUGUCUAUUGGUCAGCCAGCCCCAACUAGCACCAACAUCUCCACAGAGACUGCCAGUGCUGGUCAAAUUCUAACUAAUUUGAUUCAUGUCUUUAAUCCAGUCACCAGUGGAAAGGAACCAAGUCCUGCCAGAGAUUCACCUCCUGUUGCACCUGUGCUAGAUGCCAGGACCAGACUGUUGGGAAUUCUGCCUCGUAUCAUGGCCUGCAUGGCCACCCUGUGGAAAGCUGUGGCCAUCGUGAAUGAGGAUAACGUCUACAUCACCAGUCAUCCAACAGUUGGAGAGUUCAAGGCUGUUCGCCAACACAUUCUAGAGUUGUUGAGUCCAAUCUCUCUACCACAUGGAACCAAUCUCUUGGCAGCUUUUGCUGUGGCUUGGAAUGAUAGAAGGCAGACUCCAAAAAAGAAUCAAGUCAGUCCAACAAUAUGUGAAGAUCAACUGCUUCUGGUGGAACUGGUCAGCGCCAUCAAAGUGUUACCCAUGGAUACACUUAUACAAACUGUCAAGCAAGUCAUCAAGCAGCCUCCACUGACCGAGUUGACCAAGAAAGGUGUGCCUUUGGAAGUGAACCUCCUGCAGUUUUUUUUUGCCUAUGUGCGUAACACCACCACAAUUGCUCAGCUGUUAGAUUCUUGGCCAUCAUUGUUGAGCUUACUUCGAGAAUGUUUACAGAUGAAUCUCACUCCGCCAGCUUUGUUUUUACUUCUACAAAUUUUACAUGAGUUUGUACAAAAAACACCCACCAUGGAAGAAAAGAAAAACCAAAAAGAUCUGCAAGACAUUUGCCAGAAGGCCUUAGAGUCAAUCUCUGCCAUAGCUGGCUCUUCACUUGAGCAGACGACUUGGCUGAGAAGAAACUUUGCUGUCAAGCCUGGCCCUCAAAACUUUGGAGAGGAGGACCUUGAAACACAUGAGGAUGCAGACAUGUCAGAAGUUAAGAAAGAAGCCUCUGCAGUGAAGGCUCCAAUAAGAAGGAGUCAAGCCUCAGACUCAAAAUACAGUGUACAAGCUCUUGGUUUAAUGGCAGAGCUGACUGCCCCAAUCCUAGAUGUAAUCUACAGUAGUGAGGAGAAAGACAAAGUGGCCCCUUUCCUAACCACUCUUCUCUACAAUGUGUUUCCAUAUCUACGGCAUCACAGCUCCCACAAUGUGCCAAGCUAUAAGGCCUGCAGUCAGAUGUUAUCCAGUAUCUCCGGCUACCAGUACACAAGGCGAGCAUGGAGGAAGGAAGCUUUCGAACUGCUGAUGGAGCCAUCAUUUUUCCAGAUGGACGCCAAGAGUAUUUCUUACUGGCAUGUCAUUAUUGACAACUUGAUGACCCAUGACAAAACAACUUUUAAAGACCUUAUGGGCCGGGUAUCUAUCACUCAAACUGGGUCACUGAAUCUAUUCAGUAGUAAAGAGCAGGAGUAUGAACAGAGGACACAGAUGAUCAAGAGGCUUGCCUUCACACUAUUCUGCAGUGAAACUGACCAGUAUCAGAGAGCCAUGCCAGAUAUUCAAGAAAGACUUGCCGAGGGUCUGCGUCUGCCUUCUGUUGCCAAUGUUAUGUCAUCUGUGUUUUUAUGUUUCCGUGUGCUUAUCUUACGAAUGUCACCGCAACAUCUGACUUCACUGUGGCCAACUAUCAUCACUGAAUUGGUUCAAGUUUUACUUCAGAUUGAGCAAGAGUUGUCUACUGAAACUGAUGAAUUCAACCCAGGGGAUGAAGGUGAAUAUCUCCGGACACGCAGCAGGACUCAGAUCCAGAGAAUUGCUGCUCUGGACUCUAGCUGGGCACAUCUUGGUAAUGGCUUGAAUGCCCACAACAAUCCAGCCUGGCUGCAGCUGUACCUGAGCGUCUGUAAACUGCUUGAUAUGUGCAUAGUUAUGCCUGCAGACCAGGUGCCUCAGUUUCAGCUGUAUCGUUGGGCCUUUGUAGGGACCGCUGGAGAAGAUGAGUAUCCAAUGGAUGAAGACUGUGAUGGCUGGCGGCCCAACCCACUUUUCACACCCCACAUCAUUCGUUUGUCUAGGCUUUUAAAUAAUAGGAUGAAGAAGAAGCCAACAUUAAUGAAAACAGAACCAGGUCGUCCAUUGCUGACCAUGCCCAAACUGCAGUCCCUGGCUGACCUUCAGUCUUUCUUCUACACUGUCUGCCAUUCCACAGAGGGCACCCACCACAGCAGCAUGGGCGCCAAGCACAGUAAACCCCCAAUGACAUCAGCAGACAGACAGCACUUGAUAAAAGUCACUUCAAGUAAAGAUGACAUGUCUGCCUUGUCCAAUAGAGCCUAUCUGGAACACUUGUUGGAGGUGGACUUCCUUGAACCUCUUAGCUGAAAUGUUUUCAGUCAGUGCUCAUAGCUCUGGGUAAUAUUACACUGAACAAAACUAUCCUAUUGAGAAAUGUAUUGCUUUCAGUAUGUUACCUUGUUUCUUAAUUGUGACAAUAGAUACAACUAUUGGAUCUUCUGGCUACUGAUACAGCUAAGGUCUUUUAAAGACAUGUAUAUACUGUUUGUGUUGAUAGAGUGUUAUAUUUAAAAAUUAUUUAUGGAUUUUGCUUUAUUUAUUAAAUGAGAUGGAGAUAUUUGAAUCCCUACUAUGAUUGCUGUGUACAAUAGUUGACUAAUAUUUCAUAUCAUUUGCUUCCUUGAGUGAUCCAUGUCUUUCAAAUCAAUGACAUUGUUUUAUGGAGCCAUUCAAAAUGUUCAUUAGUCAUUCACCAACUCUAGUUUUGUUGGGUGUGAAAGAGGGAGGUCAUAGCUUGGUUCUAUGUGUAGCAUGCCAUUCAAUAGUUUGAAUUCACAUAGAUGUCAUUCAUACAGGUUGACACUAGAAUUGACAGUACAUGAGGUGAAGACUGAUUGCUGGUGAGGAUAAAGUUUUACAUUUUAUCAUCAGUUUCUUCUGACAUAAGCUCAUAUUCCCACAGCAGCCUUUGGUUCCCCACAGCUUGGAGACAUGGAGAUUAAAUGAAUUCAUCCCUUUGUUAGAAGUGACUGACCUGCUGGAGAGUGAAGCUUUAAUGAACUGAAACUUCCAGCCCAAUGUUCCCUUCAUGUAAAGAGUUUCAAACCGCUAAAUAAAUUAUGAUACUUUUUUUUAUUUCAACCAUCAUCCAUUAUUUAUGAAAACACCAACUGGUCUGGACUGAAAACUUUCUAAAGAUUUCUUUGGACAUGUUUCGUCUUAAAUGUUCAGUACAUUCUAAAAGGUCUGCUUGUGUAUCUUGUGUUGGUUUCCUUGUAAGCCUGUUCAGUUCAGUUUGCAUUGAAACAUCAUUUAGAUCAAUCUGUUUCAAUUUGAGAUCUACAAAGCAUUAAUGGAAAAACUUUUGCUUGAAAGAACUUAAAUAGUUUAUAAUUAUUGAGUUCAAGAAAAAUUAUUGUAAAUCUUUUAGUUUUCUUCAAUAAAACAUUUUUUUCUUUUCUUUAUCAAGUCUUGUAUCUACAUUAGUUGCUGGGGGGAGGGGGGGGGUAUUUUGUUUUGUUUUUUUGUCUCUUUAUGUUAUCUAUGCUUCAGUUUAAGAGUCAGUGAGCAGAAUGUUAAGAAUUUCUUGUGUGACAGUAUUAAAGCAAUAAAACUAUUCCAUUCUUUCUUCAAGCAGAAGUCACACCUAAUCAUCCAUUUUCUUUCUUGAUAGAACAAGGCAGUAUUGUUCCAGUGCAAUAGCUAUAUAUACAGCCACUCUAGCCAAGAUUAAGUCCAUUCUCUAUCCAGAGAGAGAUCUAUUUAUUAAGUCAAUUGUUGUUUGUUAUAUUUUUCUGGUCCAUUUGCAAGUCAUUCUUCUGGUUCCAAAAUUUGUAAAUAUAUAUAUAAGCUAGCAAGGGCUUUGUACAUUGAGCCAGCUUUUCUUGUAUAACCAUCCAGAGCUAGCUUGUUUUGUUUAACCAUCCAGUGUUAGCUUGUCUUGUUUAACCAUCCAGAGCUAGCUUGUCUUGUUUAACCAUCCAGUGCUAGCUUGUUUUGUUUAACCAUCCAGAGCUAGCUUGUCUUGUUUAACCAUCCAGUGUUAGCUUGUCUUGUUUAACCAUCCAGUGUUAGCUUGUCUUGUUCAACUAUCCAGUGUUAGCUUGUCUUGUUCAACCAUCCAGUGUUAGCUUGUCUUGUUUAACCAUCCUGUGCUAGCUUGUCUUGUUUAACCAUCCAGUGUUAGCUUGUCUUGUUUAACCAUCCAGUGUUAGCUUGUCUUGUUCAACCAUCCAGUGUUAGCUUGUCUUGUUCAACCAUCCAGUGUUAGCUUGUCUUGUUUAACCAUCCUGUGCUAGCUUGUCUUGUUUAACCAUCCAGUGUUAGCUUGUCUUGUUUAACCAUCCAGUGUUAGCUUGUCUUGUUUAACCAUUCAGUGUUAGCUUGUCUUGUUUAACCAUCCAGUGUUAGCUUGUCUUGUUUAACCAUUCAGUGUUAGCUUGUCUUGUUUAACCAUCCAGUGUUAGCUUGUCUUGUUUAACCAUCCAGUGUCAGGUUGUCUUGUUCAACCAUCCAGUGUCAGGUUGUCUUGUUCAACCAUCCAGUGUCAGGUUGUCUUGUUCAACCAUCUAGUGCUAGGUUGUCUUGUUCAACCAUCCAGUGCUAGCUUGUCUUGUUCAACCAUCCAGUGCUAGGUUGUCUUGUUCAACCAUCCAGUGCUAGCUUGUUUUGUUUAACCAUCCAGUGCUAGGUUGUCUUGUUUAACCAUCCAGUGCUAGCUUGUCUUGUUUAACCAUCCAGUGCUAGGUUGUCUUGUUCAACCAUCCAGUGCUAGCUUGUACUUGACUUGUCUCCUAUCCAUAAUGUUUCCAGUCUACAAAUGUGUUUUUUUUCUUAGUUCAAGUUUGUAGGUGAUGGUUUUAAGGUUUUUAAAUGAAUUUUAACAAUGUAAACAAUAUUUAUAACAAGUUGUAACUUUGGUUAUUGUUUUAAUUAAAUUGGUCUGAGUGUUUUUGAGAAAUAGUAAUCAAUGUUUAAUAUCUUUAUGAUAAUUUAUUUUUUGUUAUAAAUGGAUGACAUAAAAUAUUUUGUAGUUUGCAUUGACCUGACUUCACUGAAUCGUAUUUGGAUUUGGUUUUAUGAAUGUGACAUGAUGUACAAGAAGAAAAUUGUCAUACACCAUUGUAUGCUUCCAGCUUAAUGUAACAAACAUGUUUGUCUGUUGGUCAUCACAUAAAUCUGUAAUGGGUCUUUUUCAUGUAGCUGUCUUCAGCAGAGAGACAGGCAGUAUUUGAAUAGACUAACUUGAUUACAUGAAAAUAAAAACUUUCUUUUCAAAUAUCUGGAUCUGGAGAAUGCAAAUGUUUUGUUUUAUUAUUUGAGGAAAUGGUGUGAUUGAUGACAGAAUGUGAUGUUGGUUUGUUAGCCUUUUAUUAUGGCUCCAAGGUGAGAUCAAUGUGCCAUUGUAUUCUAUGUCAGGGUUUUUGCAAAUAUUGUUUUGUGUUUUUGGCUUUGAUUUUUUUUUUUAGCUUAAAAUUUCCAACACUUAUACUUUUUUGUCUGCAAAUUGUAUUGAUGCUGUGAUAGAGUGACAUCUCUAGAACAGAAUGCAAGAAUAACUUAUCAAAUUCAAUUAGAUAAUAAAGAUGAAGGUAUUAGUAAGUAGCUGAACUCCUGAUGCUUUAAGGACACUGUUAACUGAUUUUGACUCUAUGUACUUAUUCUAACAAAUGAUUUAGAUCUAGUACAGAAUUGACCUGGUGUUUUGUUUCAAUGUAUUUUUUCUUAGAUUUUAUUUUGUUCUCAAGUUGUCAUCAAUACAUAGAUAUGUAGCAGUGAGUCUGCUUUUGAUCUUGAUUGAGAAAACAUUCCAGUCACAUUUGGUCAAAUCUCCACUCACAUCCAUCUCUGUGUAAUCUUCCUAAGGAUAUAGAUACUUGAAUCCACAAGUCCACAGCUAAUGUACAGAUUUUGUUUUAUUUCAUCAAUCCAAAAAAAAAAAAAAUUCUAUAGAAGUGGGUGGUCAAUAGACUUUAUGGGAGAUUCUGUGAUGGAAUCUGACAGAAAUAACACACUCUUGUCUAAACAACCCCCCCCCCCUCCAUUUUUUUCUCUUUCAUAACAGAUUAGAAUCCAGAACCUGAAAAUUAUAGUCUGUGGGUUUAUUGAUGACAUCAGUAUUACACAGACAAGAUAUAUGGAACAAAAGUUUAUCCUGAAAGAAAUACUGUGAAUCGUUGAAAUGUAUGCACGCUUCAUCCUAUGAUUAUUUUUUAAUGUUUUUGUAUAUAUUGAUAUGAACCAAGUGAUUUAUGGUUUCAUUCAUUUUUUUUUCCUGUUAAUUUAAAUUGAAAAUAAAGGAGCUCUAAUGCUAUGUAUA